CGUUAAUAUUGAUAACAUGAUAAAUUUGGUAGAUUGUAUCACUUUCGUAAAGACGUUAUUUUCCGUCAUCAUCAUUCCUAAACAUUGGUUUGCAGAAUUUCUGAUGGCAUACGAAGAGAACAACCUGCGAUAAACCGUUGCCUGAAUUCUCUAUGCAGUCAGUGAAUAUCUUCUUAACGAAGAACAGAUUGGCUAACAAGUUAUCAAACUUUUGUUUGACAAUGUUUGUAGCAUUAAGGAUAUUGAUUUAAUGGAGUAUUUUUUAUUUGAAUCCAGUUGAGUUGGCGAUCUGCGACGGAAAGUGCCUUCCAAUAGCUUGUGAUAAGAAUAACAUCAUAAACGGUAACCAAACGCUGGAAUUCAACCUCAGAACGCAACCAAGCGAAUGUGACCAUAUUUUCGAAGUUUGCUGCCAAUCAACACAAAUUAAGCCGCUAAAACUGGUUUCGUCUAUGCGCAGUUCCAGCAAUAAACAGUGUGGCGUCAGAAACGUUAAUGUUAUUGGAUUCCGAAUCACGGGAAAUACUGAUGGAGUGUCACAGUAUGGUGAACUACCUUGGACGUUGAUGGUGAUGACCAGGAUGAUUGUACUCGAUGUAUCCAAAGACAUUCACGUGGGAUCUGCUUCACUUAUUUCACCUGGAGUCGCAUUGACUGCUGCUCACGUAAUAUCUAAAGCUUAUGAUGGCGAAAUUUUUGUUCGUGGGGGUGAAUGGGACUUGAGUGGUGAAUAUGAACUGUUACCGGCCGAGAAUCGUCAGGUAUCUCGAACGAUAAUCCACGAAAACUACAACACACAACAUCAUAAUAAUAUUGCUUUACUGGUGUUUGAUAAGCCGUUGGAGUUAGAUCGACAUAUCCAACUAAUAUGUCUACCACUGGAACCGAUUGAGUUUAACCGAAAGUCUUGUCUAACAGGAGGUUGGGGUGAAAACCAGCUCCAGGGUAAACACAUGGUGAACAUUAUGAAAAAAAUUGAAGUCCCUCUGAUGGAUCACGAUCAAUGCGAAGCAGCCUUCCGUACUACGAGGUUAGGUCAGAACUUUAUAUUGGAUGAAAGUUACAUCUGCGCUGGUGGUGAGGAAAAUGUUGAUGUUUGUACCGGUGAUGGCGGAGCUCCUUUAGUUUGCUCGGAUCCCAGUGGAAUAUACUAUCAAAUCGGUAUAGUUGCCUGGGGUAUAGGCUGCGGAAAACGUGGUAUACCUGGUGCAUACACAAAUGUGACAAUGUAUAGAGAGUGGAUUGAAGCGAAGAUGCAAAAGUUAUCAGAAGAUUUUAAAUAAAGG